CCUGCUUGCUAAUCCAACAUGAACCUCGCACCACAAACUGCCACUGCCGUUAGAGUCCAUGGCCCAACUUCGUCCAGACAAAGACAAAUAUCGUAAAGCAUGGAACAAAAGUUGGGAAGAUGACCUUUUGGAUAGAUAUCCACCAGGACAAAAGCCUCCAAAUAUGUUCAGCACGAUGUCUCCCCAGAGCAUUCAUUUUCUCAAAGCGGCCGAAUCCCUUCCAUCAGUUCAGUUGGAAAAAGACGUCCGAACCAAGGAGAUAUGUCUUCUUCAGCGAGACUUGGCUCAAGCUGCUGUAACAGGAUUGAGCAACGAUAACUUAGAGGAAAGGUGGAGAUCGUUAUCGCAGCAGCGACGUGAAGAAUUGGUCCUCGAAGGGUUAUAUGUGACUGCCUGCGUCCCGAAUGGUAUGGAGAAUUGGCGAUUAUGGUGUCCCGAAAUGACCGUCGCGGGGCUUUCUGGAACGAAUGACAGAGACUUCAUCCACCUUCUGAAAAUGCUCCUUCCCAUCGAUCAACUCAAAGAAACGUUGGGCCCUCCACUGCUCUUGUCAAAUCCAACAUUCGAGGAGCUGAUAAUGACCAACGAUCCUGUGCUCAGACGCACCGUCGACAGAUUUCGGCUAAAUAGAAGCUAUUUCAUUACCAUGGCCGUAUGGAGCAUCUUUAACGCAUUUUAUGGUAAUAGAGAGCGGAUACAAGUAGGGAAGCCUCUGUAUCGUGACAAUAGCAAGGCCAACAAAGACGUUUUACGCCAAGCCAGGGAACUCUAUAAGACCGAAGGAGAACUUUUCAAGUUUUCGGAGAUUCAGAAUGACUAUCUUCGUCGAAAAGAGGCUGUAACUCAUGAAAGUCUAUGCUGUCAUUGCAACCGCAAAGAAGCUGAUGUGUCUGCCGAACGAGAGCAUUUCCAAGUCUGUAGUAGAUGCAAAGUCGUCGGUCGAGUGGUGAGGUAUUGUUCAGUGGAAUGCCAGAAGAAAGAUUGGAAGCAUGGAUUCCCCAGACCUCAUAAAGCCAUCUGCGGAAAAGACGUUAUAGAUGAAGAGAAGCCCAAUGGGAGCAUUCCAGAGACGAAGGACACGGAGCUUGAGAGUGGCAUCCCGCCCCCAGACCCGUCUUUCAAACGAUCCCCAGACCUCCUGCACCAAAUUUCUUUCAUCACCAAGCCGAUACCACAUGAUUACGUCUACAUGCAGCCACGUCCAUUCGACGACAUAGGCAUUGACAUACCCGAUAUUGAAGCCAAAGUUUUCUUCACAUUUAUGCGGCGGCGAGCGAUGAUAAGCGGGGAUCCCAUCGCCGUCCUCAGCAUGUAUGCGUACUUGAAAAUCUUCGCGCCACCUAGCAUUUCGGAGGAUCAGCUAAAGGAGCAGCUGAGAAAAGAAUAUGGCGUUGAUAUCAAGCUGCUUGGAGAAGACUAUUGGGGAAAGGAAAUAUAUCCCCCCAGCGAGGAAGAACAAAGAAUCGUAAAAGAGAGAUGGAUCCGCCCAGCGAGGAAGAACGACGAAUCGUAA